AUGUCUCGAAGUCUCAGGUCGCAAGACUCCGACCUAAAAAUCUAUUUAUUGGUAUCUGCACAUGGUAAUUAUUCUCCACCACCACACACCAAUUUUCACCCAUCGGCAUGCGUCUCCGUUCAAUCAACAUGGUAUUCAGUUCACUCCUUUCGCUAUCAAUCGCAAGCUUCACAUCCGCUGAAGCCCAAGGACAGCGCCGGCAACUAUCAUCUCUUUCAGGCGCCGCUUCAAUAUUUCCCUUUGUACGUCCUAUAUGUCACCGGAGAGACCUUCAGAGAAGGCCAAUUCUUCGAAAUGACUGUUUUCGGAAAUCAAGAUAUUGAUCAGAUUAUCUUAUUUUUCGAUUUACCUCUGUUGGACCCUACGCGCGAUAAAAUCGAAAUAUCGGUGGCUAACAAAAAGAUGCAAAAGAUCUGCUCUAUCAAAGUGCCAGCGAUCGCUACUGUGGGGCCAACAAGUCAAAUAAUGAGUUCAUGUCCUGAUUCAGUUGAGUUGCAUCAUCCAGAAAUUAUUGUGAUUGGUGAUAAGAGGGCAAAACUAACAGCGUGUUCUCCACCAUGA